AUGGAGACCGGAACUGACGAAGUGUUUGAGAUCAAUGACUUUACUGUGGUUACUGAAGGAGAAGUGUUGAUUGUGGCACUUGAAUCUCAGUUUAAUGAAUGGAAUUUGAAAAAAGUACGACCAAGUGCAGUAAAACAGUUGGACAAGGUAAUUAUCUUUUUUAUUUUACAAUUCUUUCUUUAGAAGUUGAAGAAAAGGACAGGGGAAAUUAAAUACAAGGAUGCUUCGUAUCAGCUAACAUUGAAUUACAUUGAUGUUGAAGAAGAUACGAAGGAAGAUAUUGAUGAUAAAGCGAAUAAUGAUGAAGAAGACGAGUUUCGGUAUUUGCCAGCUGGAAUCAAGGAUAUGAUAGAACCAGAGUUUGAUUUUAGAGAAGAGGAGGAUAUUUUCACACAGGUAAGAUAAAACUGUAAGGCUUUAUUAUAAUUUUUAGUACGGAGUCUUCGAACACAUAGUAAUAUCGGCUCGAGGAUAUGAAGGUUUAAUUUGUAAUAGUAAUUUGUUGCACGAAUUUCAAAGUGCCGUUCUUGUGGCUUCUUCUAAUGUUGAUUGGUAAGAUUUUUAUUUAUAUUUUUAAUUUUGAAAAUUAUUAUUUAUGAUGAUUGACGUAAUAUUAUACCCUGAACUAUUAAUGUGUUAGCAACUAUACUUUUAGCGAAAUUCCAAUUUUUAUAAAUUAUGGAGAAGAAAAUAGAAAUGCUUACAUUGGGGUAUGUCAGAACAAGUCUGUUCGAACGAGGUACGAAGGUUUUGAACUACAUAAGUAUUAUGUCAAAUAUGGAUACUUCCAAGGGCUGUAUGACAUGUUCAAGGACAAAGUAGUAGGUUAUUGAUUUUAGUUAAUAAAAUAAAGUAAAGUUUGGUUUUUUUAUUUAUUGUUUGGCUUUUAACUUUAGUUAUUCAAGUUUUAUUUUUUUGUUACAGUACUGUCGAAUAUUCCGAUUAAAUAUUCGGAUAAAACAAUAUAAAAAGCAACUGAGAUAGAUAAGAACUGAUUGAGAUUAAAGCUUUGAGAGGAGCCCCGGUAGCUUAAUAGGUAGAGCAUUCGUCCGGUAAACGAAGGAUGCCGGGUUUGACUCCUGCCUGGGCCAAUUUUUCUCUCAUAGUCUGAUAUCUCUUUAAAUUUCUACAGUACUUUUGUCUCUUUUAUAUUUUUAAAUGAGUAUUUUAGAAUUGUCCGUUACCUAAUUUUCCACCGGUUUCAACGUCAGUUCGCUUUGAUUACAUUCACAAAUAUGUAAAUUUCGAUGAUGCGUCAAGCACGUCUAGCGAUACUGACAUGUUUCAAUUGUACUUUGGAGCAGAAACCAACUUGAUUAAGUAAGCUUGUACAUUAUAUUUUUUGAAUAGUGCGUAUUACAUAGUUAAUAAUAUAUAUAGAUAUCGAUAUUGUCGUGUAAGCUAGCUUUUGAAAAAAAUGACUAUCUAGUCUAAGGUUGUAGCUUUUGUUGUUUUAGCGAGUUGUCGUUGAGCACAAUAUGGCCAAAAUUAAGCGAUCAAGGAAUUAACGAAUCCGAGACAUUUUCUGAUUUGGAUCCGCUUCUGGCGCCACGGUGGAUUGUUGGCGUCAAGUUUGAUUCAGAAUGUAAACAGUUGUGUAAGUUUACAAAAUGUGUUGGUAUGAUUUGAAUAAUAUUACCUUUUGUGUUGUGUUAUGCUUAAAAUUAUUUUUUUUAGAAAUUUGGGGUUGACACAGAAGUUUUAGUUUUUACUUUUUAAAAUAACUAUUUUUAGACAAUUCAUUGGGCGAACUUCUGGAUGUUCGAGAAGCAGAUACAGGCAAUUUGAAGGUAUUGGAUUGUGUUGAUUACAAACACGAUCAAGACAACAAAAUUGGAAAUGCUUUGAGUGGUAUAACACAAGGUCACCCUCACCACGAUGUGAACUUCAUCGAUAGUACUAAUGCUAAGGCUUUGAGGGUUGUAAGUACAUAUUUCAUUUUUUUUAAAUUGUUGGUUAUGGAAUAGUUAAUUUUUUAAACUCAUUUUUUGAAAUAGCAUUUAAUUUACUUUUUGCUACUCUAACACAUUAAUAUUUAUAUGCUGUAUUUUAGCGUCAAUACGCCAAGGAAAAGCUAAAAGACAUAUUGGAAAACGAAUUUAAAACUACAACAAUAGCAGGCACCGGAGAGUUUUACGACGAGAUUGUCAACGGCCUCAAUCAGUGCAAGUCAGCUCCAGAUGCCUCGCUAAUAUCAAGAGUGUCAGUAGUACUACUGAAGUGUUUAUUGGCUAAAAACGAUCAACUGGCCAAGUUUUGCGCUGUUUGGUUUGAAUUUGUAUCCUACCUUCGGUUAUGUUGGGAGAAUGCCAGGUCUAUAAAAGGAAUAUGUGAAGAGGCCAAGCCAGAGUUACAGUACUGUAUACUGUAUCAGAAGUUGGAGAUGAUUCAGUUUUGUAUCGAGACUAAAAGGAAACGGCACGCUUUGUACGAUGAAGGGAAUGGAGUUCAGGCUAUGGGAUUGAAUUGUAAGCGUUUCACUAUCUUUAUAAGAUUGUUUGAAAGAUAGCACUUUAGGGAUGUAUAUUUAAAAAAGUACAUAUUAUAGGUUUAAUUUUACGUGUUUCAGCGUCAAGUUCUGACAUUUUCUACGACGCUGAAGACGAACCUUCCGAAUCUAGUGACACUCUUACAGUACCCGGUUCAACCAAUACACCAACUGGCCGUCUAGAGCCAUUAGACGGUGAAUAUCUUCUUGACCAUCCAGAUACUCUUAUCUACGUACCUAUAACUCAAGAUCAUGGGCCGAUGACAGAGGACAUGAUUGAAGAACGAGCUCAAUAUCUGGAGUCUCUAGAAGAUGCGGACAAAAGAAUGCGGGCACAACUUGACAAUGUCAUAUCAGAUAUGCAAGCCUUCAAAGCAGCGAAUGUUGGCUCUAGAAUCGAAGACUUUGUACGAUGGCACUCACCUCGAGAUUGGGUGGUAGAUGACGAUGGUAAUGGUCGAUUGUCAGAGAGAAUGAGUCUGGAGAACAAUGUCUGGGUGGAGUGCUGGAACGAAGCUCGUGCUAUUCCAGUAUCAGCUCAAGUACGACUUUUCAACGAAGCGAAAGAAGCGGAGACGAUAUUACACUUGUUCGAGAGUAUUACUGUCAGAGAGUUGAUCGAUCUGAUAUCACCGGUCGUGUUUCAUCAAGCUGGACUUACUCUACUACACAACUGCGAUAACAAUGGUGUUAUGUUGGUGGGGGAGGAAAUGAAACAACUCUGUAAGAUGCUACAACGGGCUACAAUGGCAGGGUUACCUGAAGAUUACUUUGAUACCCACAAGAAGAUACAACAAGUCGAGGUUUUGUUGGCUAGGCUACAAAAGUUGAAGGAAAUGUUUGAGAAAGAGGUGAGUUGUAAUGUAUUAGAGUAGGUAUCGUGCUGUACCAAGGUAUAUUUAAUAGAUUAGAAAGUUUUUUAAAACUUGUAUUUUCUUGUAUAACAUUGCAUUCUUUAUAAUUGUGUCAUUUUAGUUAGUAGAAGUCAGCACGAUGAGACAACAAACCGUCGACCAAGCAAUGUUGGAUACUGUAGUGAUGGAAUUGGCCCGAGAUUAUCGGUCAAGAGUACUAGAUGCACCAAAUGGUCCUAUCUCUUUAUGUGUCAGGAACAUUCUCUACCGAUCAGUCGAAGAACAUAAAGAGGAAGAAGCCACUCGGCCAGUAAAUGACAGUUUCUUCUCCGGGAAACAACUCAAACUACCAGCCCCUUUCAGGUACUAUAACUUUUAAUUCUGAUACUAGGAUUUUUUACAGUAUGGAAGUUAUUUUAAAUAUUUUUUUAGGCGAAAUUUAAAUUUUGACGCAUAAAUGACAGUUUUUAAACUAAAAUAUACAUAAAGAUAUUGUUUUAGAAAGCACUACAUUUUGAGAACAAUCUGCUCUCGACCUGGCGUCGAGAGUCGACUGGUCCCACAACGAAUGUAUGCUUGUGUCGGUGAGAACCACUUCCGGGUUUGUGGUGCAUUGACAGAAGACCUAACAUUCCAUUGA